AUGUCUUCGAAGCCAAUUGUUCUCGUUACUGGUGCUACCGGCUAUAUCGCCGGCUGGGUCGUAAAAUAUUUCCUCGAUGCUGGGUACAGCGUACGCGGGACUUCUCGCAGCAAAACUUCAGCUCAACCUCUUAUCGACACACUCGUCUCUAAAGGCUACUCAGCCUCCGAUAUUGAGAUCUACGAAAUCGCAGAUAUCACUGUCCCUGGCGCUUUCGACGAGGCCGUAAAGGAUGUCCAAGUCAUUACACAUCUCGCCAGUCCAGUUUCUCUAUCUUUCAGUGAUCCCGAUCCGGUCAUCCGAACCGCCGUCGAAGGCUCUAUCUCCGUUCUUCGAUCCGCAAAGGCACAUGGAAACAACUUGAAGACAUUUGUCAACAUGUCCUCCGUCGUUUCUAUCAUUGACCCUAGUUUUAAGGACAAAGUCUUCACCGAAGCCGACUGGAACAACUUUGCCUACCCAACCACCCAGAAACUCGGUACUUCGACUCCAGGAUUUGUCAUCUAUAUGGCUUCAAAGGUCGAGGCCGAAAGAGCAGUAUGGAAAUUCAGAGAUGAAGAGAAGCCUUCUUUCAAUGUCGUCUCUAUCAACCCUGCAUGGGUUUCUGGCCCCCCACUUGUGAUUCCAAAGGACAAAUCCAAGAUCGGUGAAACUACCAAGACCAUCUUUGAUGUUCUUGCGAAUGAAAAGGAACCUUAUCCAUUAGGUGCUCUCCCUACAUACGUCCACGUUUAUGACGUUGCAAGACUCUUUGUCUGGGCAGCUGAGAAUGGAGAUAAAGCCAAUGGCGAGAGAUAUCUUGCCCUGGCUGGUAGGAGCGGUGUUCAACCUAUUCGAGAUAUCUUGACCAAGGCAUACCCGGAGAGAAAUAUUGAUCCUGGACAGCCGGGUGAAGGGUACAGCCCGGACUGGACGUUUUUGCCUGGCGAAAAUUCGUUUGACGUUACUAAGGCGGUAAAGGCGACCGGGCAGGAUUGGAUCAAGUUGGAUCAGAUGGUUUUGGACACCGCAAAGGCUUAUGAGUCCUUGCUCUAG